AUGCAAGUUCUGAUCGUCUUUCUAUCUGUGACAUUUGCCCUGUCACAUGGGGCUAAGCUUCCGCUCGGAGAAUCUCAAAAUUUGAAUAUCCAGCAACGCAUCCAGAAGGGAAAAGAUGCCCAUAAAGGACAAUUUCCAUACAUUGUUUCGUUGGCCAUCCGUACGGUGGAUAGAAUUUAUGGAUGUGGGGGUACCAUCAUUGAUAACAACUGGAUUUUGACUGCCGCUCAUUGCACACACAACGCCGUUUGGGUUCAAAUCUUCUAUGGUACAACGGAAAAAUGGAAGAGUGAAAUUAGUCAUGUUGUCAGUUCUGAUAACAUUAUUGAGCACGAAAACUAUAAUAGUCGAAAUCUCGCAUAUGAUAUUGCCCUCAUUCGCACACCUCGUGUGGAGUACUCGGAGUUGGUUAAUAAAGUGUCGCUUGCCGAUCGCGAUAAUGACUACGUAGGAGCGGUGGCCGUAGCCAGUGGAUGGGGCCAAAAUGAAUAUGGUAUAGAACAGGAAAAUCUACAGUUCAUCGACUUACAGAUUAACAGCAAAAAAGAACUGCUGGAAUGCCGUUUAUGA